AUGGCACAGAACCGGCUGAUGGAAGCCCGCGUCGGGCGGAAAAACCAACGCUACGGUGCCAAAGGUGAACGCCUCGUGGCCGGCGUCGUCCCCCUCUCUGCCGACAAGACCAAAGUCCUCAUGAUCCAAUCCGCCGGGCCCGGAGGCUGGGUCCUACCCAAGGGUGGGUGGGAAACCGACGAAUCCACGGCUGCGCAGGCCGCUUGUCGUGAGGCAUGGGAAGAGGCGGGCGUCAUCUGCACCGUACACCGCGAUCUGGGUCUGAUCCCGGACAUGCGACCCUCCGGCCUCUUGACCGCACAGGCGCCCAAGGCCUCCUACCAGUUCUUCGAAGUGAGCGUCGACAAAGAAGAGACACAAUGGCCGGAGAUGCACAAGAGGAAACGACAGUGGGUAACUUAUACCCAGGCCGCCACAGCGCUGGCCAACCGACCCGAGCUGCUGGAAGCCCUGAACCGCAGCUCCUUGAAGAGGUAG